AUGGACUAUGCAUGCAUGGCUUUUAACCAAAUAAAUCAACCAGGCUCUUACACUUGGAACACCAUGAUAAGGGGGUUUUCAUGUAGCUUAAACCCAUUAGAAAGCCUCAAGUUUUACAGUGCAAUGAGAGCCCAUGGACUUAUAGCCAAUAGUUACACCUUUUCCUUUACUCUUAAGGCUUGUGCUAGAGUAUCAGCCAUUAGUGAAGCACAAGAGCUCCACACUGAGAUUACAAAAGUUGGGUUAUGUUGGGAUGUUAAUGUUAUCAAUACUUUGAUUCAUGUUUAUGCAAAUUAUGGUGAGUUAGAAAAUGCUGGUAAGCUCUUUGAUGAAAUGCCUUAUAGAACCGUGGUUUCAUGGAAUGCUAUGGUGGGUGGUUUUAACCACAGGGGUUGUUUUGGUGAUGCAUUAGAUUUGUUUAAUUUGAUGAGAGGGGGGUUACAAAAGCCAGAUGGUGUUACAGUUGCCAUGGUGCUCUCCAGUUGUGCAAAUUUAGGGGCCCUUGGAAAGGGACAAUUAGUCCAUAGUUACUUAGAAACUAGUGAUAUAAACAUGGAUUUAGUGAUUGGCAAUGCACUGAUGGACAUGUAUGCCAAAUGUGGUAGCUUGGAGGAUUGUCAAAAAGUUUUUGAAAGGAUGACUAAGAGAGAUUUGGUCUCUUGGAAUUCUAUGAUAAAUGCUUUUGCAGUCAAUGGGAAUGCUAGUGAUGCUCUCGAUAUUUUUCGAUCAAUGAGAAGUGAUAGUAUUAGGCCUGAUGCUAUCACAUUUGUGUCUGUACUGCGUGCUUGUAGCCAUGCCGGACUGGUGCACGAGGGGAAGGAAAUAUUCUCUAGAAUGAAGGUUGAAUAUGGGGUUGAACCCGAAAUUGAGCACUAUGGGUGCAUGGUGGAUCUUCUCGGUCGAGCCGGAUUCUUAGAAGAAGCAUUAAAUUUGAUCGAGACCAUGCCUUUGGAGCGAAAUGCUAUCAUUCUUCGAGCCCUAUUGGGGGCUUGCAAGGUGCAUGGCAAUGUUGAGCUAGGUAGAAGCCUAGUUAGGGACAUACUUGAGUUAGAGGGUAGUCAUUCAGGUGAUUAUGUCUCUCUCUCUAAUAUCUAUGCAUCAAGAGGUAAAUGGGAAGGGGCAGCUAGGGUGAGAAGGAUGAUGAGGGAAAGUGGGGUGGCAAAAGUGGUUGGAUAUAGCCUCAUUGAGGUGAAAGACACAAUCCACAAGUUCUUAGUUGGUGAUAAAUCACAUCCUCAAGGCAAUAGUGUCUAUGAGAUGUUAGAUGAGAUUGGGAAAAAGUUGAAGCUUGAGGGUCAUCUUCCAAACACAUCAUUUGUAUUGUAUGAUAUAGGAGAGGAGGAGAAAGAGGAGAAUCUAAGUGUUCAUAGUGAGAGGUUGGCCAUUGCAUUUGGCCUGAUAAGAACUCGUGCCGGUGAGACAAUUCGUAUCGUAAAGAACCUAAGAGUGUGCACCGAUUGUCACUCUGUGACAAAGCUCAUCUCAAAGAUAUAUGACCGUAGAAUCAUCGUUCGAGAUCGAAGCCGCUUUCACCAUUUCAACAGGGGUACAUGUUCUUGUAUGGAUUAUUGGUGA